AUGAGCCCCACCGAUGGUAAUGACAAGAAGAAAAUCACUAGGUCAAGAAAUGGAUGUCACAGAUGCAAGAGGCUUAAAAGCAAAUGCUCAGAAGAAAAGCCUUCCUGUUCUGCAUGCCUCAAACUGGGACAUGAUUGUGACUACUCAAUUAAGCUUGUCUGGGGAGGACGACAGUUCAAGAAUAAGGAGAAACGACAAAGCCCUCACUUGUCAGGAAAAGAGUUCAAAGAGGUAAAACUCAAUCUCAAAGCUGGGUCAGUCAAUUUUGUCCCCAGUCAGUUUGCUGUCAACAAGUCCAUGGUGAAAGUUGAAGAGAGGUCCAACCCAGACAUGCAAAUCAAACUUGAAAAUCUGGAAUGUAGGACAGACUUUGUAAGAGCUUCAGAAGACCAGGAUUAUGGAAUGACGCGAAGCAGUAGUGUCGCUGAAUCAGCAUACAAGUCAGAGCCCUCAGUACCAGUUGACGCACCAGUUGUGAGACAGAACCCAGAGAUCUUCUCGCCAAUGAAGCUGGAUGACCUAAUCUAUCAACACAGUCCACUUGGAUCGGAUUCUAGGCUUUCAGAACUCGCAGAUGUGUGCACUAAUUAUGCUGUUGAUAUCGAUAGAGUGAACAUGCAAGUACAUCAGGAUGUGUCUGGGGUGACAACACCUGACUUCUUGAGCCCUGGUGGGUGGAUAAAGAGUGGAAUUGAAUCCCCAAUAUCUCCUGAUUAUGGAAAAUCCAUCGAAAUGCCGGAAUCGUCAUUUGAUGGAGGUCGAGUUGAAGAGGUUGAAGAGCUCCUGACCGUAAGCUCUAUUCCUCCCCUGCUUAUGCCACUUCCAGAAUUGCUUUUACGAAUUCCAUACUACAGACAACUUUUUCAUUUUUGGGUUGAAGUUGCCUCUAAUAAUCUCGUCCCUGCGCCGACGUUGUACAGAGAUAAUCCGUUUAAGGUUCUCUUGCCACAGAUGGCAAUGCACUAUUCUGGUGUUCUCACAACUAUUUUAGCUUUUGCAGCAAAAGCUAUGCAAACGCUCAAUGGUACUUCUGGGAACUUGGAGAUUAUUGAUCAACUAUUGGGUCGGUCUUGUAACGAAUUAUUGCGCCAAUUAGAAGAUAAAUCUGAGGCAACUUCUGAUGGUACACUCGCAACUAUUUUACUCCUUUCGUCUUAUGAAGUCAUUCACUCACAAAAUUUCGAGAAACAUCGAACACAUACGUAUGGUGCUGGUCAGAUUGUUACCGCUCGAAGAAAUAAAUUGCACAUAAGUGGUCAUUCGCCACAUUCCGACGAAAACGAUGGAAGCUCCUCUUCAAUUUCAGUUAGCUCUCACGAAGAAAGCAAUACAGCUUAUUUUCUUAUGCGAUGGUUUGCAUAUGUUGAUGUUAUUGGAGCUUUGUCAUCAACCAAGGGUCGGGAAAAAUAUCUAAGAACUUACAGAGGGAAGGGCGAGUAUCGGCCCGUUGAAAGCAUAUCAUGUGAAGAUGAGGAUUUCAUGGAUAAUCUGAAUCGAGAAAUUGACUAUUUACUAGGUUUCGAUGUCAGAAUGUUUCCUCACUUCGUGAACAUUUCGCUUCUUUUGGAUGAGGUCGAUCUCUACAUGAGUGAUACACAAAAUGAUAAAUUUUGUUUGCCUCAGAACAUAAUUAAUGCUGCACUUGAACUUAAGGAGAAGUUUACAGAAGAUCACGAAGCUGCAGAGGAGAAGCGUCAACUGCUACUAGAUGAAAUGAUAGAAGUCAACGCCCGAACAGGGUAUGUUGGUAAACAAAAAGAGAGACUACUGGAGAUUAUGAAUAAAGAUAAUAUUUUACGAUGCACGAACAAAUUAUUCUUCUACGCCGGUCUUAUCAAUCUAUACAGAAGAGUGCUUCUAUUGCCUAGAGAACUGUUUCUAGUCCAGAACUUGGUAACAAAGAUGGCCGAAAUUCUCCGCUUGUUCAUUGAACCAGCAAGUCCCGCUGAAAUUUGCACCAUUUUCUGUAAUUUCAGUUGUGGGUGCGAGGUUUUGGAUCCGCAACUCAGGAUGUUUUUUGUGGAGCGAUUCACCAGGUUGGCUCAAGAAGGAAAUUCAAAUGCUUCAAAAAGCUUAAUAAUUAUGGGUAGAUGCUGGGAAACUGGAGAAGACUGGAUCACCGCAGCCAAUGCACUCGCUAUUGAUCUAGUCUUGAUGUGA